AUGGAAGGGGAUAUCAAAGCAGAACAACAUCGUCAACUGAGCCCCCUCAGGGAUAUCUCGGAGCACCCGGACGCCUCGGCGCAGUCAUCGGCUAAAGGCAAAAACAAGAGCAAAGAGAAGGACGCUGGCGGUGCCGCCACGAAAAGGCGAUGCGUGAGUACGGCUUGCAUUGCUUGCCGAAAGAGAAAGAGCAAGUGCGACGGCAACUUGCCCAAAUGCGCCGCUUGUGCAUCAGUCUACAUGACUGAAUGUGAAUAUGCCCCGCAUACCGACCACCGGCGCAAAGGGGUUUACAAGAAGGAUGUGAACGCAAGCAAGACCAAGAACUCGACCCUUCAGAUACUCAUACAGGCUAUUCUCAAUGCCGAGGAGGAGGAAGUCAUGGAUUUAGUCCGCCAGAUACGAACCUGCGACAACCUGGAGGAACUUGCCGCUACGAUAGACGCCCAAGAGAGAGGUCUCAUAGAGGGUCCCGACGACUCCCCAUUGUAUGAGGGUGACCCUGGCGUACCCAAAUUCGAAGCCGAGCUCUCAGGGAAAAUGGGCGAUCUGAUGCUGGAUGGGUCCGUCAAAUUUAUUGGGGGAACGUCAAAUUUGAUCUGGCUUCCCGAGGACUAUGAACAUCGAGGUUCACAAAACUCGCCAGCUUUCCAGCGGGCUGUUGUACGGCCUCAAGAAGAAGCCGUUCUCUCGUGGACGACCGUCACCCAGGACAAAGAAGCGAUCCUCCACUUCAUGAAUAUGUACUUUUGCUGGCACUAUGCCUUUUUCACGACCCUGGCCAAGGAACUUUUCUAUCGAGAUUUCCUGACAGGAACAUCCUCGCAAUACUGCUCCCACCUCCUUGUCAACGUCAUGCUGGCGCUUGGUUGUCACUUCUCAGCCCGACCCGCAGCAAGAGCGGAUCCAGCGGACUCUGGGACGACAGGUGACCAUUUCUUUGCAGAGGCUAAAAGGCUUCUUUAUGAGAACGAUGAGUUUGCCAACGCGAAACUAUGUACGGUUCAGGCUUUGGCUUUGAUGUCCGUCAGGGAAGCCGGAUGCGGCCAUGAGAGCAAGGGCUGGGUAUAUAGUGGCAUGAGUUUUCGAAUGGCUUGUGAUCUCGGCUUGAAUGUCGACACGGUGCCUAUCAAUGAAAUGUCACGUUUGACUGACGAGGACAUUGAUGCAAGGCGAAUCACAUUCUGGGGCUGUUUCCUCUUUGACAAGUGCUGGUCUAACUACCUGGGACGGCUACCUCAACUUCAAAUGCCCAAUAUCACAGUCAAAAAGCCUGACGUAUUCCCGUCAGAAGAAAGUGAAAUGUGGUCGCCAUAUACAGACUCGGGCAUCAUUCAGGCCCACGCGCAACCGGCGCGCACCCGAGCUGUUGCGUUGCAUUUGUCCAAACUAGCAGAAAUAUCCAGUGAUCUGCUGGCAUCAUUCUAUAACCCGCAACUGCUAGACAAACCUCCUUCGAGACAAACGGAACUCAAACGACUGAGCGAUCUGCACACAAGGCUGGAAGCGUGGAAACAGGGGCUACCAGCCGAAAUGGAAGCCAAAGAAGGGCAGCUUCCUCAAGUCCUGCUGAUGCAUAUGUUUUACCAACUCUUAUAUGUCCACCUAUAUCGGCCGUUUCUGAAGUACACUCGAACGACCUCACCACUCCCAGCACACGUAUCUCCAAGAAAAUACUGUACCCAGGGAGCCGCCUCCAUCUCCAAGCUUUUCCGACUCUACAAGCGGACACACGGCCUCCGACAAAUCUGCAACAUCGCAAUCUAUAUUAUACAUUCUGCUUGUACGAUUCAUCUAUUGAACCUCCCGGACAAGAACGCUCGAAGAGACAUUAUUCACGGCGUCAGACACCUCGAGGAAAUGGGGGAAUCUUGGACGGCUGCCCGUCGAACGCUCAGAGUUUUGCAUCUGUGCGCCGACCGGUGGAGCAUUGAAAUGCCCGAGGAGGCAGAAAUGGUAUACACGAGGCUCAGAGCGAAGUGGGGGCUUGCCGCGAGUGCACCUUCGCCGGUGUCGCCCGACUCGCUGGCCAACAUAGCUCAGCAAAUCGCAUCUCAGCCUGUGCCUGAUUUGAUGGCGAAGAAUGUUCAACAACAACAACAGUUGCACGCUCCGCGUCCGACCUCGAUGUCUCAGUAUGCAGGUGGACUCUCCGCGGCCAUGGCUGCAUCGCCGGCAGAAACAAUUGAUUCUCGACGCACGUCAGGAGGUCUAUCUAUGCCUCCACAGUCUGCAGCCGAUCUUUCGCGAGACUCUCACCGAGUGCGCCCUUCAACCUACCUUACCAAGGCGCAACAGGAUGCAUGGAACGCCCACCAAACCCGACUAGCAGUUGCGACAUCCUCGAACAACUCCGGGGCUCCCGGCGAGCAGAAUGCCGCUCGAUUGUUCGGUGGGGUGGAAAGUCUGAUCGAAGAAACUCAAGACUGGUUCUUUAAGGAUCAGAAUCAGUUGGCGAUGGGCUUUGAAAACUGGGGAUCCGAGCCGCCAGACUGGGGAACCUUAGAUCUCAGUUUCUUUGACACGCCCGAAACGGGAUCCAGCACAAACGGCAAUACGAAUGGUAACUCACCAUCCCACAAUGGGCUGCAAUAUUCGUAUGAUUCGGUGGGAGGACCAGCCAACACGGGCGCAACGGGAAACAAAAGCGGAUAUGGAUAUGGAUACAAUGGAGACACGUAUCCAACAACAACAACAACAACAACAACAACCGACACGGGUAUCAAUGGGAUGGCCACGAAUGGAACGAAUGGCAUGAACAAUAUAAUGGGGUCCGGUAUGGGCUUGCGGUUAGGAAUGAAUAUGAGUUCUCGCGGACAGGGUUCCAUGGCGACUAGCACCAGAAAUAUGAGUAUGGGAGGGUCUGUGACUUCGAAGCGCUCUUCUCAAAACCUGGGAUUCGAUGAAGAGGUAUAUUAUUGA